CUUACAGCUGAGCAACAAGUUUCAGCCAGCCAGCUCGUUCCCAGACACAUCUGAAGGGCAGGAUGUCAUCCAGAGGGACCUAGACAAGCUCAUGAAGUGGGCCUGUGGGAAUCUCAUGAGGUUUAACAAGACCAAAUGCAAGGUGCUGCACCUGGAUCAGGAUAAUCCCCGGUUCAGGCAUCUGGAACACCCAGGAGGUGCACUUGCAGCAGAAGAGGCCACUGAAGAGAAGAGCAUGGCCACAGAGAUGGACAGCUGCUGUCCCAUCUGCCUGGACAGCUUGAAGGAGAUCAGCUACAUAUUUCCAUGCCUGCACCAGUUCUGUUACACCUGCAUCCUGCAGUGGGCAGAGAACACACCCAAGUGCCCCCUCUGCAAGAGGAGGAUUCUAUCCAUCCUGCACUCAAUGGAGACAGAAAAUGACUACAUGGAGCAUGUAAUUGCACUAUCUGAGACACCAUCCAUCAUUGUCCACCAAGCGAGAGGAGAUCCAAGACACCUUGACCUCCAUUUCUCUGGAGCAUCCCAAACAUGGGCUGCAGAAGGAGUGCCCAGGCAUCCCGUGGGCGGUCUCCAGCCUGGGGAAUGGAUGGUACUUUUCCGGGACUACCCAUGCCUCCUAGAUACCCUGGUGAUCUGGGUCCGACCAAGGCUGAGGCAGAUCUUCAGGAACAACUGGAUGGAGGCAGACCUAGUGGAGGACACUGUCCUGGACAUCCUGGCCAGCCAUGGAAUCGAUGAAGACCAGCUGGUCCAGAUGCUGGGGGUCUCCCUCCAAAACCAUGUGGCAACAUUUGUACAACAGCUUAUCCGUGUAGCCACGCAACAGUGCAGCAGGCCAGCCUGUCAUCUGCUCACCCUCCAGCCCUAUCUCCCUGCCCAGGUCCAAGCCCUUCUGACAGCCCUGCAAGAUGCACCAUGGAUGAGGUGCCCAACACCACCCCCUCUGCCAUGGAUGGGCAUUUCAGAAGCUACCCCUCCGUACCCAUUACCAUCGCUGUUGGAGCAAGAAGAGCCUCAGGAGGAGCCAGAGGAGUCUGUUCCUGGGUCCUCCACUUCCAGAUGGGGCAGUGACCCCUCUCCUGAGGGGCCAUGGUGACCUCUGAAGAGGCAGGCAAGUGGCCCUGGGGCCUCUUCAGCCUCCCCUGCAUCUGAGGCUGUGGAGGAUGCCUGAGGAGUUAGCCAAAUGGGUCUGGGCCACCAGCUGGGGCAUACACCAACCCUCUAGCACUCACAGCCCCUCAUAUCCAGCUAUCCAAAUAAAAUAAAUGCAUGGAAACUCAAAAAAAGUCCCAACAU